ACCUAACAACCAACUUCUCUACAUCCACUUUUACUUUUUAACGAUACACAUGGAAAAUAUAAUUUAUUUUGAAAAACCAUGUCUAUAAGCCAAUGGUGACAGUAUAUUUUUUAAAAUAAUUGUACAGCAUAGUUUUCGAGACAACAGACAAGUACAAGAAGAGAGCAACUCGGAGUGAUUGUGAUAACAAACAGCAUAAAAACAGUAGCUAGCAAGCUAACGUUAAGUAAUUAAUACCUGUGAGGCCAUUUGAGUAAUGUUUUAGCAAGCUAACCGAAAAGACAGUUCAGUUUUCAGUGAGACGAACUAGCAAAAUGGAUUAUAAGAGCAAAAAGUCCACUCUGUCCGGGGAAAAAUCACAGGGAUCUGGUCAUGAAAGUGACAAGCCACAGCAGAAAAACUCGAUGUCAAGAGUUGAUGCUGGUCAUGGUGGUGGGAUCAUUCACUGCCCUGUUACCAAAAACAUGAAACACCUCCUGGAUGAGUUCAAGGGGCUGUAUGAGGAUAGGUUGAGACGCCUACAGUUUGACACCAGAGGGGGCACAAAGGAGGACAUUUUACAGAUGAAGGUCCAUAUCCUCCAGUCCUAUGUGAACGACUUGGGUGACCAGAACCAAGUGCUGGUCCAGACAGUGGAGGACCUGGAAAUAGAAGCCAACAACAGAGACUGCACCAUAGAGGCCAAGCUAUGCACCUCUGAUCAAAUCAUUCAUGAUCUGGAGCAGCAGAGGAGGGUUCUGGAGGAGAGUGUGUGUAGUCUGCGCUCUGAGAACCAGGACCUGAAGACUGACAUGGACUCUCUCACAAACUUCAUCCAACGAGCGAGACACCAACACACCCUGGUCGUUUCUGGGGUCACUCUAAGGACAGGCCCGUUGGAGAAGAUGAUUGAAACCUCGACUCAUACCCCUUCGAACCCUGAGGUAGAGGAUCUGAGGAUCCAGCUGAGGACUAGAGACAGAACUAUCCUCAGUCUGGAGAGAGACAUCAAGACCUUCCAACUGGAGAAUAACACACUCAACAAAACAGAGCCGCUCCAGGGUAGUGAUCUUCAGCGCCAGGUGUGUGCUUUACUGUCCCCCCAGAGAGAGAAGGUAGCAGAGAUCACUGAGAGAGACCUCACCAUCACCAAGCUACACACAGAGAUACAGCUACUGCAAGAGGAGGGGCCGGACACACACACACAGCUUUCCAAACAGAAGGAUAGGGUGAGACAGCUAGAGGAGGUGAAGAAACAGGAGGCGCAACAGAGGAAAGCAGAAGAGGAGUGGAGGAAGAGGGAGGAAGAACACAGACAGAGAGAGCUGGAGAGGAAGAGGGAGGAAGACGAAUGGAAAGAGAAGCAGCGUAAGAGAGAGGAGAAGUGGAAGAAGAGAGAGGAGGAACAGAGAGAGGCCUGGGCCCUUGCCAGGAAGGAAUGGGAGGAGAAGGCAUCCAAUUUGAAUGCUGAGGCAGAGGCCAAAAUGGUGGAGGUGAGGACAGAACUGAGUGAUGAGUACGGGAGGAGACUGGAGGAAGAACGAAUGAAACAGUUGAGGAGUACAGAGGGUAAUCUUCACUCUCUGAGGGUGCAGCUACAGGACAGAGACAGUCAGCUGGAGAAUGCUGCUAACAAGAUCUUCACACUAGAGAACUCUCUGAAGGAGACAGAGGAGAGUUGUGUGGCUGCUAAGACAGAGGUCCAGACUCAUUCUACACUGCUGGAGGAGAUGAGCAGAGAACUGGGGAGACUCACACUGGCUGAGAAGAAAUCUGUGGAAGAGGUGAAUGAGCGUGGGGAGAUGCUGAGACACAUGAAGCAGGACCUGUCUGCUCUGAGGGCCACUCAGGACUCACUGAAGAGAACCCUCAGUAUGAAGGAACAACACACACACCAGCUAACGCACGACAACACACACCUCAGAGAGACCCUGGACACGCUAAAGAACAAGCUCCUGGUCAGUGAGGACAGGGUGUGUACUCUGUCAGUAGAGCUGGAUCAGGUGAAGAUCAGUCUGGGUGAAGAGAUAGAUCAGUGUCAGCAUCUCCAGGACCAGGUUUUACAGCAGAGUCAGGAUCUGGAGCAGGCCAACCACACACUCACUGACACACGCAGGGCCGCCGGCAGGAAGAUCCACAAGAAGGACAGCAAGCUGUAUGUGUUACUGAAGGAGUUAGCAGAGGUUAGAAAGCAGUUCUCUGACUGUAAACAAGAGUUGCUCAGUAGAGAGUCUGCAUUGGCAAAACAGCAGGAGGAGACGGCUCAGCUGAGAUCCAAGAUGGAGGACUGUUCCUGUGAAUGUUCAGCUCUGAACAGGGAGAAAGAGAGACUGGAGACAGACCUCACACUUACUAACCAGAAACACCGCACCGCACAGGGAGAGGUGAGCAGUAGAGACCAGGUGAUUCUACAGUUGAGGACAGAGCUGAGUAAAGCGGAGCAGAAGUAUCAAGGAACACAGGAGGAGCUGGCCAUGCUGGAGGCUGAGGUCAGCCGUCUGAACCAGAAGGUCAAGAGUCAACAGGAAGAGGCGUGUCUUCUCAGGCAGAUGGUUAGAGAGGGGGAGGGGCUUAGAGACCAGGAAGUGACGGAACGACAACAGAUACAGAACGCACUCUGUAUCGCACAGCAACAGGUGAAGUCCCAGACCAUGUCCAUAGAGCAGCUAACAUCUGAUCUGGACUCAAUGAAACAGAACCACAGAGCUGACACAGAGCGCUGGAGCCACAGGCACUUCCUGCUCAACAGCCAAUUAGAGCAGGCCUCCUCUGAGCUCAGCCAAUCCCAGGCCAAGGUCAGAGAGCACGGGUCAGAGGUCACAGAGCUGAGGGGAAAGCUCCAACUGGCAGAGGAGGGAUACCAGGAGGCUCUGGAGAAGGUUGAAGAGGCUGAAGGGUUGGUUAACACACGAGACACUGAGACAGAGCUCCUGAGACAACAACUGAAGGACCUCGAGGAGGACCUUCGUGAAACCACGUCCAUGGCUCAGGGCCAGGAGGAGAAGGCAGCCAUCUUUAAACAGAAGUACUGCGUUGCCAUGGAGAAGGUGCAGCAGCUCCAGGGACACAUAGAGUGUGUGGAGGAGGAGCUUAGAUACACACAACAACAGCUGACUGAAUCUAAGGCAGCGGUGGGCGAGGUUAAGGCGGAGCUUACAGAGCUGGAAGGGUGUUACCAAGAAAAACUUGGCCAAUGGGAGCGCUCGGAGGAGGCCCUGGACCAACUGACUGAUGAGCUGCAGGCCAAUCAGAUGGCUGUGACGGAGGGGCGGGAGAGAGUGGAACAGUGUGAAGGAACCAUACACUGUCUACAGCAAGAAAUGGACACACAGAAAACUCAGAUACUAGAGUAUGAGAGUUCUCUGAAGUCCUACCAGCAGAACCACUCCUACUCUGAUGAGCAGUAUUGUGCCUUACAGAGACAGAGACUACAACUGCAGAAGCAGUGCACAGAGCAGGUAGAGCGCUUGGCCAAUUGCGAACGGGCCCUACUACAGAUGAGAGCAGAGUAUCUUCGCCAGGAGGAGGAGCUAGAGAGUCAGAGCCAGGAGAAGGCGGGGCUAGAGAGGACCCUGCAGUCUCUGCACCUGGACCUGGCCGCCUCCCACCGCAAACACCUGGUCACUCACACACAGCUGGAGCAAGAAGUGACACGCCUACAGGAGGAGCUGGUUGACACCCACAACACCUGUCCACAGAGAGAACAGGCCAUCCAGGGGCAGGAUGUCUUGCUCCAGCAAGUUGAGGAGGACCUGAAGGAAACUAGGCUGCUCCUUCAGAGGAGAACCAAGGAACUGAAGGAGGAGAAAGACUGGGUGCAGAGGCUCAGAGAGGAGGCGCAGGAGCAGAGAGAGGAGGAACACAGACUUGUGGAGGAGCUGUCAUGUCGUGGAGAGGAGGUUUGGUGGUCAGAAGGGAGUGUGAGAGAAGGAAGACAGGCGGAGGAGAGGAGGCUGAAAGUGGAGAGGCUGGAGACGCAGUCUGCAGAGCUGAGACUGGCCCUACAGCAGGCCUUGGAGAACACACUCAACACACAGAGAGACAACCAGACAACACAGGAACAGGUGAAGACAUUGGAGGAGGAGAACAACUCAUUGACCAAUCAGGUGAGGACUUUGGAGGAGAAGUACAGCUCGUUGACCACUCAGCUGCUUAGGUCACAGAGGCAGGGCCAAGAGAACGUCCAGCGGCUAGCCAAUCAGGAGGAGCGUCUGGUCGUACUGAGGACAGAGUCAGAGACACUACAAGAGAAAUACAGCAGCAAGGUGCAGGAGCUGGACAAACUACGGUUGGAGGUGGAGGGGGCGCACUCUGACAACACACACCUCCGCCAGGAGAGCAAGGUGGUCAUGGCCAACGUCAACCGCUGGGUCAAAGAGCAGAGGGUUGCCAGUGAGAGUCUGGCUGCUAAGAUCAGAGGUCAGAACAAGGUGCUGCUCAUCAUCAGUGAGGAGAAACAACAUCUUCAGGAGGCUAACAGGGCCCUAGAGGAGGAGCUGAGGAAAUUGGGAGACGAGGGGGAGGAGAAGGAGAGAGAGAUGGAACGCUUAAAGGCCCAGGUUCAAGUCCGGGGUCAACAGCAGGAGGAGGAGAGGGAGAGCUUUGUGACCACCAACCUGAGUAGGAUCCAGUACAUGCAGGUCAGACUGAGAAGCAACCUGGAGGCUAUAGGCCUGCUCAACAAACACCUGAGUGCUCUGGGAGGAGAGAAUGAGAGAUUGCGUCGGCAGCUGGAGGAGGAGAGAGCAGAGCGCAGACGAGUGAAUCGACGGAUACCGCCAACCAACCACCGGAGGGGUACCUCCCUCCUUCCAUUCUCCCUCACACACGGGCCCUCCUCCUCCCUUCCCUCCCUCUCCCCCUCUCUGGACAGAGACACAGGAUAACCUCCCCCUGCCUCCCACCUUUCCCCCUCCCCUCUGCACCACCCCCCCCAGCCACAGCCCCAGUCUCAGGCCAGGGGAGAAGGACAGUGCCCUGACCCGAGCAGAGUUGAGCAAUGCUGGGCCGCGGUAGCCAGGCGAGGCCCAGGCUGUGAAUGAGGCCUACUGGGUGAGGAGGGUGGGAGAACUAUCCGUACAGUUGCAGGACAGAGAGCUCUACUGGUCAGGUAGGAUCAAACACCUCGCUACAGAGAUACGACAGACCAAGGACGCUUCGCCUCACCUGACCUCCCGCUGACCUCUAACCCCUAACCUCUGACCCCUGAACUCUAAUGCCUGACAUCUCUUCCUUGUUUGGCUGUUCUGUUGGAUGGGUUCGGUUAUGAAGCCAUAUCAUUGUCUCUGAUCACUGUGUGACUGGGUGCCAUGUACUGCAACUGUUGACAUUGACAUCUAUUUUCGUUUGUUGUUAGUGCCAUGUGUUCUCCCGCUGCUGUGUGUGCGUGUGUGUUCAGUGCCUUGUAACAUGAGAGAAUUGUAGUAAUAAUGAAUGUUUUUUUAUAUUUAUUCUUAGAGUUCCAGUUUGAUAAUAACUCCAAAUAUGAUCAUAACAUUUUCUGACCGUUUUAUGUUUAAAGUUGUGACUGUAGGCCAGAUAGUUGUGACUGUAGGCCAGAUAGUUGUGACUGUAGGCCAGAUAGUUGUGACUGUAGGCCAGAUAGUUGUGACUGUAGGCCAGAUAGUUGUGACUGUAGGCCAGAUAGUUGUGACUGUAGGCCAGAUAGUUGUGACUGUAGGCCAGAUAGUUGUGACUGUAGGCCAGAUAGUUGAUGUGCUAAGGGAAGACAUGGAAGCCAGUGUUGGCUAAACAAGACCUACAUGUGACAGAGAGGGAGGGAGAGAGGGAGAGAGGGAGAUUUGACUGUGAUAAUGAUAACGGCUGAAUCUCUCUCUCUUUCCCUCUGUCUAUUCAAAGAGAAACAUUGAGGCAUGCAGCCACAGACUCUUUCAUCUCUCUCUUUCUCUCUCUCUCAAUUCAAUUUAAGGGCUUUAUUGGUAUGGGAAACAUAUGUUUACAU